AUGGAGAUUAACAUUUUGCUGAUAGUGGCCGUAGUGAGCGCAGUAUUCUCGUUGUUUGUCUCAAAGGCUUCAGCUGUGUCCGGAGAUGCUACGUUCUACACCCCUCAUCAACGCUCGGAUUGUUCAGGCAUCACAGGGGCAGGGGAGAUGGUGGCAGCAGCGGGUGAUGCCGUGUGGGCAAAUGGGAGUAACUGUGGCAAGAAAUUCAAGGUCACUUGCUUAGGACCGCCCAGCUUUGGUCGGGCACCCCCGUGCAGAGGCUCAGUCGAGGUCACCAUCGUCGAUCGAUGCCCUUCCCCCUGCCAGUCCACCCUCCAGCUCUCGAAGCCGGCCUUCGACAAGAUCACCAAUCCUCAGAUCCACCUCGAGAAGAUUAUCAUUAAUUACCAAGCGGCCUGUAAGAACCUUUCCCACCCCGAGCAAUCGAUUAUAACUUCCAUCAUUAGUUCUUAUUAUAAACUAUGUUUCCCAAUCUGA